AUGAGGUUGUCUGUCGCUGCCAUGGCCCUUGCCAGCUUACUGGCGCCGGCUACUGCUACUACCGGGCCACCAGUUGUCCAAAAGGGCAGGCCGGCACAAAAUGUAAUCAUGCCUUCGCUCAAGGAGAUAAUAGCUGCUCAAGCAACGGCCAAGGUUUCCUCGCCGACAUCUAACGUCAAAGGAGUUGCAUUUGACCGGAUUGUCCAGAUAUGGCUUGAGAACACAAACUUCCAGGCAGCAUCCGGGGAUGAAAACUUCAAAUGGAUUGCUAGCCAAGGAAUCCUCCUUGAAAACUACUUUGCUGUGACGCAUCCCAGUCAGCCCAACUAUGUUGCCGCUGCAUCCGGUGACACCUUUGGCAUGGAAUCUGGCGAAUUUUACCGCUUCCCCGAGAACAUCAGCACUGUGGUUGAUCUACUAGACACCAAGAAGAUCUCUUGGGGUGCGUAUCAGGAGGACAUGCCCUACGCCGGCUACCAAGGAUUCAACUUUUCCAACCAGAAGACUUUUGCCAACGCGUACAUGCGCAAGCACAACCCCCUGAUCGUAUUCGACAGUAUUGCCAACAAUCCCGACCGUGCAUCCCAGAUAAAGAACUUUACCAGCUUUGAAGAGGAUUUGACCAAGAAGCAAUUGCCACAAUGGUCUUUCAUAACACCCAACACCAGCGAUGGUCAUGAUUCUGGGUUUAGGCACUCAGGGCGCUGGACCAGAGGUUUCCUGGAGCCGCUGCUGAAAAACGAGUACUUCAUGAACCGUACCCUCAUCAUACUUACCUUCGAUGAAAGCGAGGUCUACACGAUCCAGAACAGAGUCUUCACAGUCCUUAUGGGCGGCGCGGUCGACGAGAAGCUGCGCGGUACAACUGAUUCCAUGUUCUAUGACCACUAUUCCACCAUCGCCACUGUCUCGGCCAACUGGGGCCUGCCUUCGCUGGGCCGUUGGGAUUGUGGAAGCAACAUCUUGUCCAUGGUUGCCAACAAGACCGGCUACAAGAAUGUGAUGCCAGAGCUGGAAAAGCUCUUCCUCAACGAGACGUACCCCGGGCCCGCAUCUGAGAAGCGCUACACUCCCGGCUGGUGGCCAGUGCCAGACACGAGCUCCUCGUGCUCUCACGGCAACGGCGUCCUGGCGUCCGUCAAGGACAUGUGGAAGAACCUCCCGGGUCCUGCGUACAAUUACAGUGAUGCUUUCCCAUACGACCAGCGGACCAAUCUCAAUACGGCCGCGCCGGCAAUCAAAGGCUCCAUGUCCGUUGUGGGACCGGCGGCCGGUUCCAAGGGAGACAACUCCGAUGAGAAGAAGAACGGCGGUGCGUCUUCUGCGAUCGGCAGAACGACCGUCUGCCUGGGUGGUCUGGCGGCUCUGUUGACCUUCUUUGUCUAA